UGUGCGAGACCUCAAAAGUAGUUCAGUUGGAUCAACAUUUCCUCUGGAUUGUCAGCCAAUUUCAGUGUUCCCUGCUGUUUGCUUGCGUACAAGCGGACACGUCUCACAGAACCACUGCUCAUCUGUUUGGAAACCCUGAGGCCAGAAACUAUUUUCUCAUCAGGCAUCCAGGUGGAUAUUACAAGCUCUCUAUGGAUUGAGGGCCCAGCUGAGAGAUUAUCUUUUUCCUUCUUUCUUCUUGGACAAAAUUGGAUUGCAAACAAGAUUAAUUGCACGAUUCAUGGUCAUUCCAUAGUUCUUACUUCCAGGAUCCAUUCCUAAAACCCUGAAGAUUGGACUGGGAUGCAGUAAAAACUAAUUUUGCAUCAGUUUUUUGAGUUCUACAUUAUUGACGGGAGAAGGUACAAAAUAGCGGCAUGAAAGAGGGUUGCAUCCUGGAUGAUCCGGAGGUACCAGGUGUGGAGAUGACAGACGUGGGGAAGGAGAAGGAUACGAGCGGCGGUUCCGAUGUGGACUCUGGAAAGGGGUGUUAUGGGGAUCAGGAAAACCCUCUGGGGAGCUUCGCCGUGGACGGCUUUGAGGAGUUUGUGCUGGAUUUUGAUGAUUAUGACCUUCUGGAGUCCAUCCACUCGCACCUUGGCUCCUCAGUCGAACCGAUCCGUCACCGUUUUGAGGACAAUCCUGGGGUUAGACGUCACCUCGUCAAGAAAUCAUCACGCUGUCAAUUACCACGAACCAGCAAUAGCUCUCCUCCUCUGUCCAGCCUGAAGAGGAGGAAGAGGAUGGACAAGAAAACUCAUGAGGUGUUUGUGGAGCUCAAUGAGCUGAUAGUGGAUAAGAACCAGGAGAUGCGCUGGAAAGAGACGGCGCGUUGGAUCAAGUUUGAGGAAGACGUGGAGGCAGAGACGGAUCGCUGGGGUAAACCACAUGUGGCCUCACUGUCCUUCCGUAGCCUGCUGGAGCUCCGCAGGACCAUCACACAUGGUGCCAUAAUGCUAGAUCUGGAUCAAACCACACUCCCUGGCAUCGCCCACUUGCUGGUGGAAACCAUGAUAAUCUCGGACCAGAUCAGAGAAGAAGACCGAGCCAACGUGCUGCGAGCCCUGCUGCUCAAACACAGUCACCCCAAUGAUGAGAAAGAAGGCCUUUUCCAUCGGAACCACUCUGUCACCAGUCUGGGCGGCUUCCGUCACAACCACAAUCACAUUCACGACACCAGCCUGCCCCUGGUGUCCCAGGACCACGAGGAGAUGCACGACAGCAAAGCGGCAGAACAUGACAAAGAGAAAAACCUCCACCCUGUCCCAGCUGAGGGACACGCUGCCGCCAGAUCUAUGAAACUCCUGGCAAAGAUUCCCAAGGAUGCCGAGGCCACUGUGGUCUUAGUGGGGUGUGUGGAGUUCUUAGAGAAGCCUGCGAUGGCCUUUGUCCGGCUCAACGAGGCUGUGCUGCUGGAGUCCGUUCUGGAAGUCCCCGUUCCCGUUCGGUUCAUCUUUGUGCUGCUGGGCCCCACGCAGACCAACAUGGACUAUCAUGAGAUUGGACGCUCCUUCUCCACCCUCAUGUCCGAUAAGAACUUCCACGAGGUAGUGUACUUUGCUGAUGAUCGACAGGACCUGCUUAAUGGCAUCAACGAGUUCUUAGACUGCAGUAUUGUAAUUCCACCAUCAGACGUUGAGGGAAAAGACCUGCUGAAGACCGUGGCCUCCUUCCAGAAACAGAUGCUACGUAAGCGCAAGGAGAGGGAGCUAAAGAAAUGCGGCAGUAUUGUGACAGGAGCUGAGCAGGAGACCAAAGAUGUAAGUACGGAUGAACAGGAGGAGGAGGAUCAGUUUGAUGUUGAUCCUCUCAAGCGCUCUGGUAUUCCCUUUGGGGGUCUGAUUCACGAUAUUCGCCGCCGUUAUCCACGCUACAUAAGCGACCUGAAGGAUGCCAUGGACACACAAUGUAUUGCUGCUGUCAUUUUCAUUUAUUUUGCUGCUCUUUCGCCCACUAUCACCUUUGGAGGUUUAUUAGGUGAGAAGACACAAGGCAUGAUGGGGGUCUCUGAGCUCAUCAUCUCCACGGCGACAGUGGGAGUGCUGUUCUCCCUGCUAGCAGGACAGCCUUUGCUCAUAAUUGGCUUCUCUGGACCACUUUUGGUCUUUGAGGAGGCUUUUUAUAAGUUCUGCCAGGCGCAGGGCUUCGAAUAUCUCACAGGCCGAGUGUGGAUCGGGUUCUGGCUCAUCUUCAUUGUCCUAGUGAUCGUGGCAGCUGAGGGAAGCUUCCUCGUGCGAUACAUCUCUCCAUUCACCCAGGAGAUCUUUGCAUUUCUCAUCUCUCUCAUCUUCAUCUAUGAAACCUUCUCUAAGCUAAUUAAGGUGUUUCAAGAGCACCCUCUGAUGAAGAGCUACCCUACAGCUCCUGUACUGCCUGCCUUCAAACCCAUAGACCCUCAAGGGCAUAGUGUGAUUGGGGAACCCAUCCUCAACCAGCCCAACACAGCCCUGCUGUCCUUAGUGCUCAUGAUGGGAACCUUCUUUGUGGCCUUCUUUCUGCGAAAAUUUCGUAACAGCAGAUUCCUUGGUGGAAAGGCCAGACGAAUCAUUGGUGAUUUCGGGAUUCCUAUCUCUAUACUCAUCUCCGUGCUGGUGGACUGCAUCAUCCCUGAGACAUACACACAGAAGCUGAACGUCCCUUCUGGUUUCUCGGUCACAUCUCCGGACAAACGGAGCUGGUUUAUCAGCCCCUUUGGAGAUAAACAGCCUUUCCCUGUUUGGAUGAUGGGGGCCUCAGUGAUCCCGGCCCUGCUGGUUUUUAUCCUCAUAUUCAUGGAGACUCAAAUCACCACCUUGAUAGUAAGCAAGAAGGAGCGACAUUUGGUCAAGGGUUCUGGCUUUCAUCUGGACCUGCUUCUGAUAGUGACUUUAGGAGCUAUCUGCCCGCUCUUCGGUCUGCCCUGGCUGACUGCCGCCACUGUGCGCUCGGUGACUCACGUGAAUGCACUGACAGUCAUGAGCAAAGCCAUUGCCCCUGGAGAGAAGCCCAUGAUCCAUGAAGUUAAAGAGCAGAGGGUGACAGGGAUGUGUGUGUCUAUCCUAGUGGGGUUGUCUAUAGUGAUGACAGAUGUGCUGCGUCAUAUUCCUCUGGCUGUGCUGUUUGGGAUAUUCCUGUACAUGGGCGUCACGUCUCUUACUGGUAUCCAGCUUUAUGAGCGAAUCACACUCAUGGUCACACCUGCUAAACAUCACCCUGACCACAUCUAUGUUACCAAGGUGAAGACAUGGCGUAUGAACAUGUUUACCAUCAUUCAGUUGCUGUGUAUCGCCCUGCUGUGGGUGGUGAAGUCGACAGUAGCCUCUCUGGCCUUUCCCUUCAUCCUAAUCAUGACCGUACCUCUGCGUAGACUCAUCCUGACCAGGAUCUUUGAGGAGAGAGAGCUUGCAGCGUUGGAUACUGAUGAGGAUUCGCCCAAUUUUGAUGAAGAUGGACGGGAUGAGUACAACGAGAUUCACAUGCUUGUCUAGUCACACGGCUCGCCUCUUCUUCACUGACCAAUCGAAUGCAGGUCUCUGGAUAAUGGGAAAGAUGUACGGAAUGGGAAGAACGCCGAUGCACUGCCCUCUUUCAGAAUUAUUUCACGUGUACUUUAAAAUUUUCUAAACCUCCGUUCUAAAAAGAACCACAGAUAAUGUUCUGGAUACUAUUUUCCUUUUUCUUCAAAAUGUGGCCUACAUGUUUGUCUGCUGCUGCCCAGUGACCUUUGAAUAUGAGAUUAGAUACAACCCGUGCACCUUAGACCUCCCAAAGUGCAAUGAUGGUGAGACUAAUCCAAUAGGUUGGUUCUUACACCUCCUAUUCACCCCAUCCCAAUGCACUGCACCCAUGCAGUCCAGACCUACUGCCUGUAGAUCUUAGUUGCCUUGUACUUUACUGUAGGCACUGACCACAGAGUCUGAAUAUUACAGUAGCACGACCUCUCAGUGCCCUUAGAGUGGUCGGUUCCUUUGCUGUGCUUGAAAACAGUAGUGCAGUCCCUUUAGACGUACUUUAUGCAGUAGUGAUAUUAUUUUGAUCGAUGUAUGCAGUAGUUACAAUACAUUUAAAGGUGCUAUAAGUGAUUUUUAAAAAAUGGAAUAGCAUGCAGAAAAUA